CAGGCUUUGUAUAUGGAAUGGAUACGCAUGGGAACUGGAAGCUAUAUGCGGUGACAUCUGAGUGGCUGCAAAACCAUACCCAAGCGCGAGCUUUUUCGCACAGGAUCCUCCAAGCAUCGCCAUUUAUUAACUAGUUCCGGGAGCCACGUUCGUUCACACACACACACACACGUAAAUAUCUUUGCUCGGAGAAAAUGAAAAAAAAAGGAGAGGUCUCAUGAGAGUAUGUGACCCAACAGAAGAAGCUUCCAAUUUUGUAGAUCCUCUAUCCUAGUUUUAAACUUCACAUAUUCAAGUACACCUCUGACCUCACCAUCUCUCUCUAUCUAAUUCUCUGUUUGUUCCAGAGAUGGCUUAUGCCGGUACCUGUGUUACCGGGGUUGCAAUCCUUUUUCUUCUGCAACCUUUGAUUGCUAGAAGUGGUUUUUUAUCUCCACUUCUGUCUCCUGUCUUUGAUGAUGUGUGCAAAAAAGUGGAAUGUGGGAAAGGAACCUGCAAGCCCUCUGAUAAUAGUACCUGGUUUUUUGAAUGUGAAUGUGAUCCUGGGUGGAAGCAGACUAGCUCUGACCAUGACGAUCAUCUCAAGUUUCUUCCUUGCAUAGUUCCUGACUGUACCUUGAACUCGUCAUGCAUGGCAGCACCCUCACCUGUCCAAGAGAAAGCAAGAAAGGAUAAUGAGUCGAUUUUCGAUCCGUGCUUUUGGACUGAUUGUGGAGGUGGCUCCUGCAACAAGACAUCUACAUUUACUUACAGUUGCGCAUGUGCAGAGGGUUAUAAUAACCUUCUUAAUGCCUCUGCCUUUCCUUGUUACAAAGAUUGUGCAAUUGGAAUGGAUUGCCGAAACCUUGGUAUUUCAGUGUCGAACAAAUCAGCUUCGGUUGACAAUAGUAGGAAUCAAGCUUCUUCGAUUCUGCAAGAAAAGUUCCAUUGGCUGAUGACAUUGAUUAUGUUGCUGUCUAUGAUUGACUGGAUGUAGAACUAGUAAGGCAUAUGCUUGAUGGUUUUGGCUUGUUAUUGUGGAGAAAUUAUUGUUUCUGAUGCCUAAUAUACUCGGCGACAUUUAUCUAUAAUUUUAGUAGUUAUAUAUGGCAUCAGGGGACGAGGGUAUUCUCACAUAUAGGAUGAAGAGGGGAGCUAGAUUUGGCGUGGAGAUAUGUCUGAGUUACUGAGUUAGCUGUUACUGAAUUCAUGUAGAGGGGACAUUGUCUGCUGUGGCAUGUGUUCCAGUAGUGGCUUCAUAUCAAGGUUGUCAAUUCCGUUUCGGUAGGUGUUUCGUUUUUUCAAUUGGAACGGAAUGUUUCAGUUU